UUUUUUUUAAAUUUUAAAUUUUUAUUUUUUAACCCCUUCCCUUCGUCUCUAGGUCCUAGCACCUACAAAUUCCCCAUUCCCAUUUCAAGAUCCCAACUAUUGCCCCUCUUCUCAGAUCCUCCUCUCCUUCUCCUUCCUCUUACUCCAUUACAUAGAUCUACCUACAAAGACGCUUCAAUUCAAUAUCCACAACAAUUUAGAAAGCGAAAGCGAAAGAGCGGGUAUGGAAUCGUCGUCGCCGACCUCGUCGCCCGAUUCAACAACCUGCGAGUGGCAGAUCCACAGACUUUGCUAGAAGAGAAAGUAUCAACAGAAGAAAAGUUGGCACUAACUCAAUAUGAGCUUCGGUUAGCCCAAGAAGAUUUGUCAAGACUGAAGUCAGAGUUACAAAAGCAAAAAGAAUUAUCACCGGAAGAAUUAAAUGGACCUCUUUCAGAUGCAUCAGUAACUGAUGGGCUUAGAAGUCAACGAGAUAAAAGGGAAACCACUCUGUCAUCAUUAGGCCUUUUAAAAGACUCUGAACGAAAAGAUCUUAAUUGUGCUGUGAAGGAGUACUUGCUUUUUGCUGGGUACAGACUUACAGCCAUGACAUUUAUUGAGGAGGUUACUGACCAGAACCUUGAUGUUUGGCCAAAUAGUUCAGCCAGUGUAUCUGAUGCUCUACGCCGCUAUUAUUAUCAAUACCUCUCAACCACCUCAGAGGCUGCUGAGGAGAAGAUAGCCAUUCUUCGAGAAAAUGAAUCAUUGAUAAAGGAAAAUGAGAAGCUUAGAAGUGAAAAGAACUUGUUGCUAAAAAACAAGGAAUCAGCUGAUGGGCAGAUUGUGGUUCUCAAAAAGUCUUUGGAGGCUGCACAGAAGGAUUUAAAAGACAGGGACAUUCUGGUUCAAAAUCAGAAGCAGUUGCUGGAAAUACAGAGGAAAGAGCUUAAUGACUGCAGGGCUGAAAUUACCGCUCUUAAAAUGCACAUAGAAGGGGCCCGAUCAAGUAAACAAUGGGCAGGAGAAAGUGAAGUUAUAAAGUCCCUUGAUGCUGAUAACUCUAAGGAAGAAACAAAAUUAUUGCAGAGUGAAACAGAAAACAUAAAGAGAACAGGUUCCGCCACAAAUUUUUCAGAGUCAAUAGUACCUUUGGCUGAGAGCAAACAACCAGAGGAGGUAGUUCUAGUUAAGGAAGUGGCAGAAACUUCGAAGCCUGUUGAAUCUAUAUCUGAUUCAAAUGUUGACAGUACUGAUCAUCUGACCUCUGAAGAGGAGAGAUUGAAAUCCAGUACUACAGUUCUUGUUACAUCAGCCGUUUCUUGUAAUGGUAACACUAGUAUCGUGAAACACGAAAGUCCCAAUAAUAAUAUUCUAGUAUCACUCUCUGAAGACAAAGGGCCGGUUGAGAAUAUACCCACAAAGAAAGAAAGAGCUUCUGAAAAGAUGGCUUUGGAAACUAUCCAAAUACUUUCAGAUGCUUUGCCCAAGAUUGUACCCUAUGUUCUCAUCAACCACCGUGAGGAGCUUCUUCCUUUAAUUAUGUGUGCUAUUGAACGACAUCCGGAGAGCAGCGUGAGAGAUUCUUUGACGCAUACUCUGUUCAACCUUAUUAAACGACCAGAUGAACAACAGAGACGUAUUAUAAUGGAAGCUUGUGUUACCCUAGCUAAGAAUAUUGGGGAGAUGAGGACAGAAACAGAGUUGCUUCCACAGUGCUGGGAGCAGAUAAAUCACAAGUAUGAGGAGCGUAGGCUGCUGGUCGCUCAAUCUUGUGGAGAGCUCGCAGAGUAUGUUCGUCCUGAGAUUCGUGAUUCACUUAUCCUGUCCAUAGUACAGCAACUCAUUGAAGACUCUGCAACAGUUGUUCGAGAAGCUGCCGCUCAUAACCUGGCACUGCUGCUCCCGCUCUUCCCAAACAUGGACAAAUAUUUUAAGGUUGAGGAGCUGAUGUUCCAAUUGGUUUGUGAUCCUUCGGGAGUGGUCGUAGAUACUACUCUUAAGAAACUUGUUCCAGCUGUAAUUAAAUGGGGCGGUAAAUUGGAUCAUAUUCUGAGAGUGCUACUUUCCCACAUCAUAGGCUCCGCUCAGCGAUGUCCACCUGUCUCGGGGGUUGAAGGUUCAGCAGAAUCUCAUCUUCGUGUUCUAGGCGAACGAGAGCGCUGGAAUAUUGAUGUGCUACUGCGAAUGUUGACAGAGUUGCUCCCCUUUACACAUCGUAAAGCAAUUGAGACAUGUCCUUUUACUUCUUCAGUGGAGUCUCUUACAAGCCUAGAGAAGGAAAAUUCUGGCUUCUCCAGCUCCUUGCUCCAGUUGUAUGCAACGGGUCAUAUGGAAUGGACUGCACUUGAGUGGAUGCACAUUGAUUGUCUCCCUGAUUUGAUUCAACUUGCUCGCUUGUUACCUCAGAAGGAGGAUAAUCUAAGAAGUCGAAUCACAAAGUACCUAUUGGGCGUCUCAGAAUGUUAUGGGAGAGAUUAUGCAGAGCACAUUAUGCUACCUGUAUUUCUAGCAGCAAUUGGGGACAGCGAAAGUGCUGAUUUUACAUUUUUCCCGUUGGCCAUUCAAUCUAAAGUCCAAGGCUUGGCACCUAAAACUGCUGUGUCGAGUAGACUUGCAAUCAUGUGUGUCCUUCCAUUGCUAUUAUCGGGUAUUUUAGGGUCUCCUUCCUGUCGUGAGCAGUUGGGAGAAUACUUGAGAAAUAUACUAAUCCAAAACACAGUGACAGAAGGUUCCUGGUCUGUGAAUCACACUGCCGAGCUCAUUGAUGCAGUUCGCUUUCUUUGCACAUUUGAAGAGCAUCAGGGAAUUGUCUUUAAUGUUUUAUGGGAGAUGGUUGUGAGCUCCAAUGUAAAUAUGAAGACAAAUGCCGCAACCCUGUUAAAAGUCCUCGUGCCAUAUAUUGAUGUGAAAAUGGCAUCAACUCAUGUUUUGCCUGCUCUUGUUACUCUUGGUUCGGAUCAAAACCUAAAUGUGAAAUAUGCGAGUAUUGAUGCAUUUGGAGCAGUUGCCCAGCAUUUCAAGAAUGAAAUGAUUGUGGAUAAGAUACGCGUACAGAUGGAUGCUUUCCUUGAAGAUGGAUCUCAUGAAGCUACUGUAUCUGUUGUUCGUGCACUUGUGGUUGCUGUGCCACAUACAAUAGAUAGGCUUCGAGAAUAUCUUUUGUCUAAGAUUUUCCAGCUUACAAGCAUGCCAUCUCCUGGAAGUGAUAUUGCGCGUCGCCGUGAGAGAGCAAAUGCAUUUUGUGAAGCAAUCCGUGCUCUUGAUGCGACAGAUCUUCCUGCAACCAGCAUUCGAGAUUUCCUCCUACCAUCGAUACAAAACUUACUAAAAGACACAGAUGCCCUAGAUCCGGCGCACAAGGAAGCAUUGGAAGUCAUAGCGAGGGAGAGGUCGGGUGGAACAUUCGAAAGCAUUAGCAAGGUGAUGGGGGCUCAUCUCGGCCUUGCCUCCUCAGUUAGCAGCUUUUUCGGCGAGAGCGGCCUUCUUGGAAAGAAAGAGACCGGAGAAACGCACGAGCCUCCUGCCCCUCCGCAGCCCAGCCCACAGGCCCAGCAAGAUGAUACGAGGUUUAGACGGAUAAUGAGGAGUGGUUUUGGAGACAUGUUGAGAGGAAAAGGGAAGGGCUAUGAUGAAUCUCCGAAGUAACCCAGGUUGAAAAUGUCAUUUUGAGUUAUUUUUCCUGCUUUUUCAACCACAUUUAGAGGAGAUUUUAUGCUAUUUUUAGCCGAGGUGUUUAUAGUCUCUCUACCUUAUUAUACAUGUGGAGAAUUGAUAGAAAGAUUUGGUGGCCCAUUGGGUGAUUUUCGCUGCCAUUAGUAUACAAUGUUGUUGUACAGACCAAAGAUGUAUCUUAUUGCACAGACUGUUGAUCAUUCUUUUCCAUAAUAAUUGAGGUUCUUUUCAACCAGUUCUGUAUC